AUGGCGACUACUCUGCAGCUAAUUAUGCUGGCUCUAGUGGGAGGAACGCUUGGUCAAGCCAAUAACACGGACUACAAGAUAGUUCUGUCCUCGAUUUUGGGCCAGCUUGAGGGCGGCCUUGAACUUCAUCUAGGGAAUUCCGGAAAGGGAGCCAAUGAUCUUGUACACUUUAUAAUGGUGCAAGGGAUGAACUCUCUUCAAAUAAGUUUGAAUCAAGAGGAAGAACCACAAACAGCGGAAACUGGACGACAUAAAUUCUACAUGUUUGAAAACGUAAAGGAAAUGCAAGGUAUCCUAACCAGUUUAGUCAAUACAGAUGGCUUUUACAUAUUGGCCUUGGAGAAGGAUACCCCUGAGGAUGAUGCAAUCUUAAUGGACUUCAUGGCUAAUGUUUGGCUUGAGUAUGGACACAGUCGGGUAUACUAUGUCCAGUCGAGGAGUGAACGACUACUCCUCUAUAAUCCGUUUAAGCAGGGUUACGAAGUGGUCCAAGAUCCCAAAACUUAUGGAAGGAUCUACAAGAAUCUAGAGGGAUAUCCUUUGAGGAUAUACAUCUUUGAUUCGGUUUACUCUAGUGUGAUUGCGGAUGACGAAAGCAACAAGGUACUGGCUGUAAAUGGAGCGGAUGCCAAAUUAGCCAGAACAGUGGCAAGGCAAUUGAACUUUACGCCCGAAUAUGUGUGGCCGGAUGACGAGUACUUUGGAGGUCGUCUGGCGGAUGGAUCAUAUAGUGGCGGAGUGGGACGUGCUCACCGUGGCGAGGUGGACAUAAUCUUUGCGGGAUUCUUCAUCAAGGAUUACCUCACAACCCACAUCCAGUUCAGCGCAGCCGUGUACAUGGACGAACUGUGCCUGUUUGUGAAGAAGGCUCAAAGGAUUCCCCAGUCCAUCCUUCCCCUUUUCGCUGUUCACUCGGACGUGUGGCUGUGCUUCCUCCUGGUGGGUCUCCUAGGAACCCUAGUCUGGCUUCUUCUGAGGGCUCUAAACCUGGGCUUAGGCAUAGAACGCAUACCGAUUGGAUCGCGUACUACAAGGAUUAGUUAUUUUGAAGCAGCUCGUCGUAUCUUUAUCGACACUUGGGUCGUUUGGGUUCGGGUGAAUGUUGGAUGCUUUCCCCCCUUCCACUCGGAACGCAUCUUUGUGGCUUCUCUGUGCCUAGUGAGCGUGAUUUUUGGAGCCCUGCUCGAGUCCAGUUUGGCCACAGUCUAUAUACGACCGCUCUACUAUCGAGAUCCGAGUACCCUAAAGGAACUGGAUGAAUCUGGCCAGCCCAUUUAUAUCAAACAUCCUGCCUUCAAGGACGACCUCUUCUACGGCCACGAUUCGGCGGUCUACCGUCGGCUGGAUGCCAAGAUGUUGCUGGUGGCCGAGGGCGAGGAGCGCCUCAUUGAGAUGGUGUCCAAGAGGGGAGGCUUUGCGGGCGUCACUCGCUCCGCCAGCUUGGAGCUCAGCGACAUACGCUACGUGAUGACGAAGAAAGUGCACAAGAUCCCCGAGUGCCCCAAGAACUAUCACAUCGCCUAUGUCCUUCCACGCCCCUCGCCCUAUUUGGAGGAGGUCAACCGGGUCGUGCUGCGCCUGGUGGCCGCAGGGAUCGUGGGUCUGUGGACGGCCGAGGCGAAGGAGCGCGCCAAGUGGAGCAUCCAGCGGUUCCCCGACUACUUGGCCGAAAUGGACGUCGGUCGGUGGAAAGUGCUCACCAUGUCUGACUUCCAGCUGGCCUUUUACGCCCUCACCAUUGGAUGUCUACUCUCGGCUGCUGUGUGUCUGGCGGAGAUCUUCUUAAGGCGAAAGCGAAUACCAAUCUUUUUGACCCGAAUUUAAAUA